CAAGUUACUAAGGUUCGACUCAGCUGCACUUGUCAUUCUGGUACCUCGACUAUUUCAAGCUCUGCUCUGUUUUGCGGGUGACGUGUUGUUGUACCGACUAGUGGUCAAGUUAUACGGCCACUCCCAAGCUACCUACUCCGUCAUAAUGCAACUCUCAUCCUGGUACCUGUUUUACGUUUCCCCGCGUCCACUCGUCAACAACAUUGAAACAUUGCUGAUAACAGCUACUUUGAACUUAUGGCCGACCAGGUACAACGACAAAGUAACCUACCCGGCUGUAAUACUGGCGGCUCUCAGUGUGGCUAUACGUCCUACUCUGGUCCUUUUCUGGGUCUUUCUAGGUGUCCACUACCUGAUAAAAUGUCCCGAGAGAAGAUUCUCCUCGAUCAUCAAAGCAUUUGUCAUCGGACUUCCUACUCUUGUUCUAACCACCCUUCUGGACUCCUACAUGUACGGAAAAUUCACCUUCGUCUUCCAGAACUUCCUCAAGUUCAACAUGGCUGGUAGUGAGGUGUACGGGGCACAUCCCUGGCAUUGGUACCUGUCUCAGGGUGUUCCCGCCAUUCUUGGCACUCAUUCUAUUUUCAUUGCGGUGGCGUUCAUCAAGGAGCGGGACUAUCCUAGGCAGUUCUUGGGUGUUGUGCUGGCAACAUUGUUCUUCUUCUCGACAAUAUCCCACAAAGAGUUCCGGUUUGUGCAACACCUGAUGCCAAUAUGCAUGGUCUGGGCCGGGCUGGGUUUACAUUGGAUCAGUCGGCACAUUGAAAGGUCCUCUCUUUACACCAUCAUAAUGCUCAACGCCCUCGUUAAUAUAAUUGUAGCCUUUUACAUUGGCUUCUUCCACCAGCGCGGUACUAUUUCUGUUGUACAUGAUUUAUCGAGCUCAGUUAAAUCGGGCGACAGUGUGGUGUUCCUGACACCGUGCCAUGCUACCCCCUACCACUCUCACAUUCACAAUGCUGAGGUAGACCUCCGGUUUCUGGACUGUUCCCCCGACUUGUCCGGGCUCGAGAGCUACGAGCACGAGGAGAAACAAUUUUAUCGGGAUCCUCAGAGUUGGUGGAAAAAGUUCAGCGGCGAGAAGAAAAGGGUGGCCAAAAGUACUGAGUACGUUGUGGCGUUCGAGGAAAAUCUACCGCAUCUUCAUAAGCUGCUGAAGGAUUCGGGUUAUAAAGUGGACAGGAAAUAUUUCUUUGCUCAUUUGUUGGUCGACGAUAAACUUACUUCUCAUUUGUUACUCUACAAGAAAACGUGGGGUACAUGAUAGCAUGUGGCAAUCCUAACUUCUAGUUCUAUGCUGUGUGUGCAUUUUAUUUUUAUUUCGAUUAGAAUUUGUCUCUAAUAUCUUUUCAAGUGAUACCUAUUAGGAGUUUGAUGAUUCCGUGAGUAUUUUAAGCGAAUGCAUGUCUUUUUAUUAAUAUUGUUUGAUGUUUUUAUUGCUAUACCAUGUAAACUUAGCUUAUGAAGUCAUUUUGAAUGUUUUAGUCUGUGAUUAACUUUAUA